UUAUUGCUGAUGCCUGUUUUAAAUUCCUGUUUUAUCCGAAUUCAAUAAUUGAGAAAAUUGAAAAUAGCCACAGCUACAGCCAAAAACAAAAAAUAAAAAAAAAACAAAAAAUAAAAAAUUAAUUAAUUAAAAAACAAAAACCCACAACUCGCUGGCAAAACGAUAGUGAGCAAACGAAAUAGAUAGAUUUAGGGCAAUGAUGGCCGGAACCCGGGCUCAAAUCAAUAUCUACGUACCAUCCAUUUGCCGUUUUCCGGAGCUGACUGUAGUCGGCGGCUAUAGGGAUCCGGUUCAGCUGAUGCUACCGCGUUUGCCAACGCCCAGUGAGAAGUCGACGACAUCGACUAUGGCCGCGGUGACUGCUGCCGCCGCCAUGGAGGAGGAUGCUGGCAUCGAGGGCAGCGGACGUUCUCUCUAUGUCAUCGAUAGGCAGGGGCGGGUGCUGGAGCAUGUGCGUUACCAAGGCACGGAUUAUCGUGGGGCUCUGCGUGCUGCCAUCAGUGCCACGCCCACGCAUUGGAGAGAGUAACAGCUGCUACACAGCUACACACACACACAACAAUCGCAUCGAAAUUUUACAAUCAAAUUUGCAGUUAGCGGCGUUUUAUCGAAUCCGCGAAACUUUCAAAAUCAACUUCCAAUAUUUGAUUAUGAGCAUUUACCGAAAAUCGAUAAAUAUCAGACCCAAUCGUAAACAAUAAAUU